CUGCCGGUGGAGGAACUUAAAAUUCAUUCAAAGAGGAAGGCGUGCUUGACAGCAGGUCACACUAGAUUCAGACAAACGCUGUGCGCAAUAACUGCGUAUUAAUGAGAAGCUGACUGACUUUGCUAAGUUUUCACAUCAUUUAUUUAACAAUAGUUCAGUCAUGUCCGGAGUGUUAGCAAGACUGCUUUUCUACCCGACGUUAGCCUACAAUGUUGCCAUGGAGAAGGUGACGUCGAGACGGUGGUUUGACCGGGUGGACGAGACCGUGAUCCUCGGAGCGCUGCCCUUCAGAUCCAUCACCAAACAGCUGGUAGAAAUGGAAAAUGUUCGAGGGGUUAUCACGAUGAAUGAGGAGUAUGAGACCAAAUAUUUCUGCAACACAGCUGAGGAGUGGCAGUCUGCAGGGGUGGAGCAGCUGAGGUUGAGCACUGUUGACCUCACUGGCGUCCCCAGCCUGGAGAACCUGUGCAGAGGCGUGGAGUUCGCCAUGCAGCACCGGGAGCAGGGAAACAGCGUGUAUGUGCACUGCAAGGCCGGACGCUCCCGCAGCGCCACACUGGCAGCUGCGUACCUCAUUCGGUUACACUGCUGGACUCCAGAGGAAGCGUGUCAGAAGCUGACGUCUGUUCGACCGCACAUCCUGGUGCGCUCCGCUCAGCUGGAGAUGCUGAGGACAUACUACCAAAAGGUGUGUGAACAGUCCAGCUGAGAGGGCAGGAUGGUGGGUCGGACCUCAUCAUGUUCCUACAGCUGCUGGAAGACUGGACUGCGAGCCUUGGACAAUCCUCCUUAUCAAAAUGUUUACCCCCUGAAGAAAUGUAUUGCCCUCAACGUUUCUCAUUCUCAUGACUGUUUACUGGGAAAUGGUAAUGUUUUUGUAGUUAAUUCACAAUACAUCAUUUGGGAAAAAAUAUAUUAUUGCAAGUAAUAUUAUCAUGGAUUUGUUUUAUAACCCUGAUAAUAUAAAACCUUCCCUUUAAUUCCCUGAAUACCUGGUUUCUUGAUUGUGGCUAAAACAUAUAGUAUUUUUCAUUUUUGGAAUAUUUGAAGCUCAAAAUUAUAUUAAAAGAAAUGUUAGCGUAAACAUUUUAUAAACUAUCUGUGCAUCCUCCUGUUCUUUCAAAUUCUUAAAGCAAGCCAACAUUGCAAUACUGUUAGUUUGUGACUGUAAUAAUAAAAACACUCGACUUGAUCGUGUUGUUUGUCCCUUUGCAUGUGGCUGCCAGUGGCAGCUGUUCAUGUGUUUACUGGAAAAUGCUUUCUUUCAAUUCAUCAUAUUUUCCUCUAGUGCCUCAUAACUUAAGAGAUACCGACAGUGAUGGUAAAUAAAAUAUUUGUGAGAUUAAAACAGUC